AGCCUUUAAAGCUGUACAACAACUCGCUGGAUGCGUCGCAGAGGGAGGCUGUCUCCUUCUCGCUGGCGCAGAGGGAGCUUGCCAUCAUCCACGGGCCGCCCGGCACAGGGAAGACCACAACACUGGUAGAGAUCAUCUUGCAAGCUGUACAGCAAGGCCUGAAGGUCCUGUGUUGUGCCCCUUCCAACGUUGCUGUGGAUAACCUGGUGGAAAGGCUGGCUGGCUGCAAAGCCCGCAUCCUGCGCCUCGGGCACCCUGCUCGCCUGCUGGAGCCCAUCCAACAGCAUUCCUUGGAUGCAGUCCUGGCCCGCAGCGACAAUGCCCAGAUAGUGGCAGACAUCAGGAAGGACAUCGACCAGGCCUUUGCAAAAACGAGAAAAGCUCAAGACAAGGGAGAGCGGGGCCAUUUUCUGUGUGAGAUUAAGGCACUGAGGAAGGAGCUGAAGGAACGAGAAGAAACUGCCAUGGCUGCAGCCCUCACCCAUGCCAGUGUUGUCCUUGCUACGAAUACAGGUGCCUCCUCCGACGGCCCGCUGAAGCUGCUUCCCGAAAACCACUUUGACCUGGUGGUGAUAGAUGAGUGUGCCCAGGCCCUGGAAGCCAGUUGCUGGAUACCUCUGCUGAAGGCUGGGAAGUGCAUCCUGGCCGGGGAUCACAAGCAGCUGCCCCCCACCGUCAUCUCCCACAAGGCUGCUGCCAAGGGCCUUUCGCUCAGCCUGAUGGAGCGGCUCAUCGCGCGGUACGGGGACAAGGCUGUGAGGAUGCUGACGGUGCAGUACCGCAUGCACCAGGCCAUCAUGCAGUGGGCUUCCUCGGAGCUGUACGGCGGCCGGCUCACCGCGCACCCCUCAGUGGCCCAGCAUUUGCUCAGGGACCUGCCGGGUGUCACCUCUAUGGAAGAGACCACAAUACCCUUGCUGCUUAUAGACACUGCUGGCUGCGGCCUGUUUGAGCUGGAAGUGGAGGAUGAACAGUCUAAAGGGAAUCCAGGGGAGGUGCAGCUGGCUGGUUUGCACAUCCGAGCCUUGGUGGAAGCUGGUGUGAAGGCCCAGGACAUCGCUGUUGUAGCCCCCUACAACCUCCAGGUGGACAUGCUAAGAGAGCACCUUUGCCACAGGUACCCAGAACUAGAAAUUAAAUCCGUUGAUGGUUUCCAAGGAAGAGAGAAAGAGGCAGUGGUCCUGUCUUUUGUGAGAUCCAACAGGAAAGAAAGCAAGCAGGAGCUGGCGUUACAAGUCAUGCACAGAAAAUGCUUCUUUCGGGAGCAAAAUCUAGAGCGGAAAAUCGAGUUCUUUCCUAUCAGCAGCUUGAGUGAAAGAAUAGCUGGAAAAAAGCUGCUGCCCCGGAGCCAUCGGCUCGUGUGGAAUGGUUUUGUGGCAGCCAAC